GCACUGCAGUUACGCUAUACAUUUAACUGUGGGUAUAAUAUCAAUGUUUAGAGGAUCACAGAGGUAUGAAGGCUACAGAACAAGAGAGCUACUUAAAGUGUUGCCUUCCUCUUCCUCUUUUCAUGUUGUUAAAUGUGAGACAAGACGUUCUGUGUUUAGAAUUGCUCUUCCAUCCAGCUUCCUCACAAGCAGAGACGAGCCAGUCUGAGAGGACGGACCUAGAGCCAUCACUCUGAUGCUGUAGGUGUUACGGGUUCGUAGGGUCAGUGCGUCGGUGCAGUCAGGGAGUCCUGAAAGGAGAGCCAGCAUGGCGGAGGACAUCUACGCUACACCAGACAUGACCCAGAAGGUGAAGUUAAAGGACAAGUCUGCUGAUGUAGACAUGACCCACAAGUUGAUGUCAGACAGGGGGGAGAUGGAGGAGAGGAUUGUGGACAUCUAUGUUAGUGCUGACACCCUCAGAGGUCACGACCCCUGCUCAGAGGCUGAGGACCCUACUCCAGAGAACACAGCAGGAGAUCAGCUCUCAGGUGCUGGGGGUCCAAAGAGGAGUCUCUCCAGAGCUGCAGCAGUGUGUCUGGGGCUGCUGUGUGCUCUCCUACUGGCUGGGGUCGCAGCACUGGGAGUCAUCUAUCUAAUCACAGUGACUGUGGAGAGACAACAGCUCCAGGCCAAGUAUGAUAACCUGACCAAAGAGAGAGACCAGCUGAACACCAGUAACAUCAACCUGACCAGAGAGAGAGACCAGCUGAACACCAGUAACAUCAUCCUGACCAGAGAGAGAGAUGACCUUGAGAGGAGGCUAUGCGACGUCAUUUCCUGUCCUGAUGGAUGGCUGAAGUUUAGUUGCAGCUGUUACAACGUAUCAACUAAGAAGAAAAACUGGGCUGAUAGCAGUCAGGACUGUAGAGACAGAGGAGCAGACCUGGUGAUCAUAAACAGCCCAGAGGAACAGGAAUUCCUCAAUAACUUCACCAAGAGAGUGUGGAUCGGUCUGAAUGAUACAGUAACUGAAGGGAACUUUACCUGGGUGGACGGAACUCCACUGACCACACCCACGUACUGGUACAGCCCUCAGCCUGAUAAUCACUCUAAACAACCAGGCAGUGAUGGUGAGGACUGUGCUGAGAUAUACUACUCACCUUCUGACGUUCCUCCUCCUAGAACAUGGAAUGAUUACACAUGUGAUUCUGAUAAUUUCUGGGUCUGUGAGAGAGGGAUCUAACAGAUCUACUGUGGGUUUUCAAUGGAUAAUUUAUUUUUCUAUGCAUUGCAUUUUCCUACAUUAUUGUCUUGUAAAUAACAUCUGUCAUAGCUGCAGAACUGAAAGAACUGUGAUGAUGAGCUUUCUCUUCCUAUGGCUAACAUGAACUAUAUGAUAUAGGAAUGAGUUACAUAGAUUCAAACAUUUUAUUACUGUUUAGUUGUAUUUAUCACUCAGCUUGGUUUUCCUAUUUAGAAAAUACGUUAUUUCUGAAAUAAACAGGUCCUUUGGUCAUGUUGUCUGGACUCUUCAUUGACCCUGCAUUUCAGUGUGUCUCUAUGACAUCAGCCUUGUACCAGACCCUGCUCAGUGACUCUGGGGCAGUGUGGGAAAUACUGACUACCUGACUGCAAGUCAUCCAGCUCUGAGGUAGCACACCAGCAUUAGCUUGUUACACUGCUGCUACUGAGCUUAGUGCUAGCUAUGGAUCA